AUGAAGGUCCUAGCUUCUCAGACCCUCCCAGAGGACUGGGCCCGGGCCCUGCACUGCCAUGUGUGCUGUGGGCACGAGAACUGCGAGUCUCUCGUGGAGUGCGCCUUGACGGACAAGUACUGUGUGAUCACUCGGGCCACCAACCCUGGUGGCAUCCUGGUCAUGAAGUCCUGCGCCCCAACCUGCCCCAACAGCACCGUGUCUUCAGAUGGCCGUGCCCUCUCUGUCUCCUGCUGUCAGGGGAGCCAGUGCAACCGCAGUGCUGCCUCAGGUCUGACCGGCAGCCUUGGGGCUAUAUGGGCCAGCACCUCUCUCAGCCUACUGUGGGCGCUGCUUCAAGCUGCCUGA